CUUUUUUUUUUUUUUUUUUGGUGUGUGUAUGUGUGUGUGUAUUGGGUGUGUGUGUCGGGGUGUAUGUGUAGGGGGUUUGUCGGGGCGCGGAGAGGAGAGUCGGGCCGAGGGGAAGGAAGGAAGCCGCAGAGCUAUUGGGUCUAGGGCUGCGUCUCCCCUCCAGCGCUCUCCUGCCUGCACACCCCGAAGCGGCGGCAGCGCGCGGCGCUCUUCGCUGGGGACUCGGCGCUCCAGCUGGGAACAGCGAGGACCCCUUUGCGGAGGCUUCCCGUGCCCGCUGGAGUUAGGAUGCCAGAGCGGUUGAUUUGCACAUACUGAGCCUGGAGUUUCCUCCUCGGCCCUGGGAAGGGCUUGCAGCGGCGGCGGCGGCAGGAGCAGACCGAACAACAGGCUCUCUUCUCCGUGGGGGGGCGUCGAAGCGCCCGCGCGGGGCUCCCGCCCUCACCCUCCCGCGUUCCCGCGGCCCCAAGCCGCCACUUCGGAGUCCGCCUCCUUCCUCUUCCUCCUCGCUGCGAGCCCCGGGCGCUGUCGCUUCUAGGAUCCGACCCGCGCGCCCCGGAUGCUGGGGCUGUCCCGGCGCGCCCCCCCUCUUGGCGCCACGGGCUGAGUAAUCCGCAGGGGGCUAGAGCUCUCCCCAAGAGGGACCCCCGGCCUCAGGACCCCGCGCAGGACCCGCCGGGGAGAAGACGAUGUCUGCGCAGCCCCCGGCUUUGAAGCGCUCCACGCAGCCGGGGGAAGGUGGCCGACCGCAGCCCGCGGAGCCCUAGGCGCACAAAGCCCGCGCCCGCCCGCCGGGUCUCGGCGCCCGCCGACGACUUUGCCGCCUGCUCCGCGGCUCUUUGUCUCCAGUUGGGGCGGGCGCCCGACUCUGGGAUUUCGCUGUGGGAGCGGGCUGGGGGGGCCGGGGGCGAGUUCUCGGUUUCCCGGCUGCCCCCCGCUCGGGCUCGGCUUCCCCCUCCCCCGCACCUCCCCGGCCCGGGCUCCCGGCGCUUCCACGCUCUCGGAAUCACGACCCCUCCCUGCCAUGUAUCCCCAAGGCAGACAUCCGGCUCCCCAUCAACCCGGGCAGCCGGGAUUUAAAUUCACGGUGGCUGAGUCUUGUGACAGGAUCAAAGACGAAUUCCAGUUCCUGCAAGCUCAAUAUCACAGCCUCAAAGUGGAGUACGACAAGCUGGCGAAUGAGAAGACAGAGAUGCAGCGCCAUUAUGUGAUGUACUAUGAGAUGUCCUAUGGCUUGAACAUUGAAAUGCACAAGCAGACAGAGAUUGCGAAGAGACUGAACACAAUUUUAGCACAGAUCAUGCCUUUCCUGUCACAAGAGCACCAGCAGCAGGUGGCGCAGGCGGUGGAACGCGCCAAGCAGGUGACCAUGACGGAGCUGAACGCCAUCAUCGGGCAACAGCAGCUCCAGGCGCAGCAUCUCUCCCAUGCCACGCACGGGCCCCCGGUCCAGUUGCCGCCCCACCCGUCGGGCCUCCAGCCUCCAGGGAUACCCCCAGUGACCGGGAGCAGCUCGGGGCUGCUGGCGCUCGGUGCCCUGGGCAGCCAGGCCCACCUGACCGUGAAGGAUGAGAAGAAUCACCAUGAACUUGACCACAGAGAGAGAGAAUCAAGCACGAAUAACUCAGUGUCCCCCUCGGAAAGCCUCCGGGCCAGCGAGAAGCACCGGAGCUCCACAGACUACAGCAUGGAAGCCAAGAAGCGGAAAGCAGAGGAGAAGGACAGCCUGAGCCGAUACGACAGUGACGGGGAUAAGAGUGACGAUCUGGUGGUGGAUGUUUCCAAUGAGGACCCAGCGACACCCCGGGUCAGCCCAGCACACUCCCCUCCUGAAAAUGGGCUGGACAAGGCCCGUGGCCUGAAAAAGGAUGCCCCUACCAGCCCUGCCUCCGUGGCCUCAUCCAGCAGCACGCCUUCCUCCAAGACCAAAGACCUUGGUCAUAACGACAAAUCCUCCACCCCUGGGCUCAAGUCCAACACACCAACUCCAAGGAACGAUGCCCCGACUCCAGGCACCAGCACAACCCCAGGUCUCCGGUCAAUGCCGGGCAAACCUCAGGGCAUGGACCCGAUAGGUAUAAUGGCCUCCGCCCUGCGCACGCCCAUCUCCAUCACCAGCUCCUACGCAACGCCCUUUGCCAUGAUGAGCCACCACGAGAUGAACGGCUCCCUCACCAGCCCCGGCGCCUACGCCAGCCUCCACAACAUCCCUCCCCAGAUGAGUGCCGCUGCCGCUGCUGCCGCCGCCGCCUACGGCCGAUCGCCAAUGGUGAGCUUUGGAGCUGUUGGUUUUGACCCCCACCCUCCCAUGCGGGCCACGGGCCUGCCCUCGAGCCUCGCCUCCAUUCCUGGCGGAAAACCCGCAUACUCUUUCCACGUGAGCGCCGAUGGGCAGAUGCAGCCCGUGCCCUUCCCCCACGAUGCUUUGGCAGGCCCCGGCAUCCCACGGCACGCCCGCCAGAUCAACACACUCAGCCACGGGGAGGUGGUGUGUGCCGUGACCAUCAGCAACCCCACGCGGCACGUCUACACGGGUGGCAAGGGCUGUGUGAAGAUCUGGGACAUCAGCCAGCCGGGCAGCAAGAGCCCCAUCUCCCAGCUGGACUGCUUGAACAGGGACAACUACAUCCGCUCCUGCAAGCUGCUCCCUGAUGGGCGCACACUGAUCGUGGGCGGUGAGGCCAGCACGCUCACCAUCUGGGACCUGGCCUCACCCACGCCCCGCAUCAAGGCAGAGCUGACAUCCUCUGCUCCUGCCUGCUAUGCUCUGGCCAUCAGCCCCGACGCCAAAGUCUGCUUCUCCUGCUGCAGCGAUGGGAACAUUGCCGUCUGGGACCUGCACAACCAGACCCUGGUCAGGCAGUUCCAGGGCCACACAGAUGGGGCCAGCUGCAUCGACAUCUCUCACGACGGCACCAAGCUGUGGACAGGGGGCCUGGACAACACUGUGCGCUCCUGGGACCUGCGGGAGGGCCGGCAGCUGCAGCAGCAUGACUUUACCUCCCAGAUCUUCUCCCUGGGUUACUGCCCCACCGGCGAAUGGCUGGCCGUGGGCAUGGAGAGCAGCAACGUGGAGGUGCUGCACCACACCAAGCCCGACAAGUACCAGCUGCACCUGCACGAGAGCUGCGUGCUUUCCCUCAAGUUUGCCUACUGCGGCAAGUGGUUUGUGAGCACUGGGAAAGAUAACCUCCUCAACGCCUGGAGGACCCCUUACGGAGCCAGCAUAUUCCAGUCUAAAGAAUCCUCGUCUGUCUUGAGUUGUGACAUUUCAGCAGAUGACAAAUAUAUUGUAACGGGCUCUGGUGACAAGAAGGCUACAGUCUAUGAGGUCAUCUACUAAACGAGGACUCUAACAGGGCCGUCAGACUCUGGGAGAAACCGACUCAGCUCUGACAGGGAGACCCUGGGCCGGGCACCGGCGGACAGUGGAGGAUGGGGUACGGCGGCCGUGUCCCCCAGGGCUCCCGCAAGCUGAGCGGGGCUGCCCCAUCACGGUCUGGACUCCUGGGCAUGAAUUGAUGUGUCUCACGGACUCGGAUGGAUUUUUCCUCUCCUCCUGCCCCUUAACCAUCCUGGCAGAUGCUACAAAUAGAUUGGAGGCUUGUGGCUCUCCAGUCCCCAACAUAAAUCUCUCUUUUUUUCCCCUUCCCCUCUGCCUGGGUCAGGGACACUGGAGUGGACCACACUUCUGAGCAGGGGGAGGAGGGCUCUCUAUUUCCCAAUUGUGCAGUGCGCAAGAUUUGUGAAAAAUGUAAAUAGUAGAUUCCUAACUCGGACUUUGGUCAGCGGGGGAGGAGGCCCCUUCCCACCAGAAACCCUAGCCGUGUAUUUCGCCUGCUGUAUUUGUAAUCCACUCGUGGUGGUGGCUUUUUAUUUUU